AUGGCAGACAAUACCCCCUCACGUCGUUCGAAGACUCCAAUUCCCGCCACCAAUGUUCCACCAACCCCGAGUCGCAUUCCGGUUCCUACACAAUCCUCGUCGCGAUAUGCUUCGUUUGCAUCUCCCACAAAGGCAAGUUUAGCUCGCCAUAAUCCACAAUUACUCCGGAGAGCUACCUCUACAGGACCAGAGGUUGGCAGAUCUCCGAGUAAAGGGAGAGUACAGGAUGUUUUUGAUAGGGCACUAAGGAAUACACCUCAAGGAGAAAGGGGACGGAGUGUUACUAGUGGUGCAGAAAGACCAAUUGCAGGAUCAACCUUGGGAGGAAGAUAUGAUGCGAUUACUCGCACACCUACAAGAGCGCGAUCUGUGGGAGGUGGAAUGGCAUCAAAACCGAGGCGAAUGUCAAGAUCUCCUUCCAAACGACCAAUCACUGCAGAAACUCCAAAGAGCAAUUUUAAGCCCGCUGUUGAAUUUGAGAAUAUUGAGGGUAUUGCAAAUCCCUUCAGGAGAACGGGAUUGAGGCGAUCACCCGUACCAGGACAAAGUAGCUUGCCUGCGACAGCAUCGCAAGAAUACCAGGACGAUAUUGAUCCCUUCAAGAAGACGGGGCUAAGAAGAUCACCACCUGCUGUAAUGCCGAGCUCGGCAACAAUUGUGCCUCAAGUACCAUUGGAGAUAGAUGAACCUGUCUCCACCACGCCAAAAGAUCCAGUACCUUUACAUGCUUCUACUACACCAAAGGACCCCGCCCCUGCAUACCCCUCAACCACGCCGAAGGAACCCACGCCCGUAUAUGCUUCAACUACACCAAAGGAUCCAGUGCCUGUUCAAGCUCUAGAGCCAUAUCUCAGGGCACCAGAAGAGGUGGUUAUUAGGAGUCGAAGCUCAAGUCAACUUCCUUCUUCUCAGGCCUUCGGGUCUAUUGAUGUUCCCGGCCCGCAAGUUGCAGAACCUGUCGAGCCAGCUUCGCCUGCGAGCCCUGUCCAGCCCCCUCAACUUUCGGAAGAGGAAGAUUUUGGCGUUGACUUGCAAGCAGCAGAUGAAAUUGCCUCUACCACUCCGAGCGAUCCUAUACCAGCUAAGCCACGUACCUUACAAACGGAUCAAGCCUUUGCAAUUGAUGUACCUCAGCGACAGCACUUAGAGGAUGAACCUCAGGCUUCCGAGCUUCCACAGUCUGAUGAUGUGAAUCCUUUGAUGAGCGAUGACUCUCCUACCCAACGCAAAGCGCGACAAUUAUCUAUGUCCAAACCUGCACAGCGGUCAAUGUUCCCACAGUUCAAAAAGUCAUUCCUAUCUCCAUCUAAAAGGCUCCAGCAAUCUACAUCAUUAGAAGAGCCUGAAUUACCGCCGACGCCUACACAACGAGGUAUUGCAGAUCCAGUCGUUACAACACGCCCAGUUGGAAUUCACAACACACCAAGCAAAAGUGCGAGGAGGAAUAGGACUCUCGGAGCAAAGUUAAGGUCAUCUCCAUUGAAACCGCGUGCAGACCUUGCGCCAGAAGUAGAUAUACUCCCAGAACCACCCGUUAAGAGAAGGAAGUCGGCUAGAUUUUCCAUCCCACAUGAUCCCCUUGCAGCAAAGAAGAAAAUUAGGGAUGAUCUUCUUAAGGAACUACAACAAUUGCAAGCCGAUGUCAGUUUAGCGAAUAAAGAGAAUGAAAGGAUACGCUUACACCAUGAGUCGAAAGGUACAAAGUCGGCAAGAGCAUCAAACCCGGAGGAGAUACUAGAUUUGCUCAGACGAUCAACUGCAGCUGAGAAACAAGAGACGAAGCCGGAACCAAUAAGUGCAUUGAAAGCUACUAAUCUCUUUUUACCAUUCUCCGGACGGCGUAAAGCCCGACAAACAGCCGUGCCACAGAUUGAGAAGCCUCUACCAUCCCAUUUACCUAUACCACUUAGCAAUCCACUUCCGCAUUUGCAACUAUUCAGUUAUUUAACAUACACAUCUAAUAUUACUCUCCUCCCGCCUACACCAAUUUCACCCGAUGAAUCUGCUAUGGAAAUCCCGAAAGCGACUCUGCAAUACCAUCAAAUCUCUGCAUCCCAUCCUUCUGGGCUUUUCAGCGCUCGUCUUUCUAUGGUCGUGGAUACUUCCUCUCUGACGAUAUCUUCGCUCAAUGUGGACACAUUAGAUCCAAACGCUGAAUCUGAACUGGGACCAUUUGUCCGACGGCGAGCAAGUGGCAGCGGGCCACUAGGGAAAGAUAUUGGUAUAGUGUGUUGGGCCAUGGGAAGAUGGACUGAAGUAUCGGUGGCACGAGCAAAAUUUUGGUGUGAUGCGGAAAGAGAAUUCGGUACAUCUGAAGCGAGAAAGAGUGUCAUGGAGAAGCAAGGCAAGAGGAAACGAAAAAGAAAGGCUAUUGGUGAUGAAGAAGAUGAGGGGGACAGAGAAGAAAGCUCCAGAAAAUGGACUAGAAAGGAAUUGUUUCGACAAAUGGGACGAACGAGUAUGAACCUCAGUGGAGAUGAUGUUGAGAUCCGAGUUGGAUGGAGGAUUGGCUUUGAUUGGAUGGGUGAUGUAGAGAGUCAUUUAGAUAUUGAUCUGGACUUGCCAAGUAGUUGGCAUAAACAAGACGAUCGCAAUAGUCUGAGUAAGAUUAAAGAUAUGUUCGGAAAAAUGGUCAAGGAAAAAGGACCAUUGGGAGCUCUAAGAAUAACUGUAGGACUUAUUAUGGCAGAGUCUUCAUGA